AUGUCAGGAAGCGCACCCAAUGAUGCCGCCCCCGGCGGUCACUCUCGAGACCUGGAACAGACCCCCCUCGAUGCAAAUCAACAUGGGCAGGCCCAGAAUAUUAUCGACGAGACAAAGGAUACCGGUGGCCAAGUUGUAGAUGCCAACGUCGGGGCCAGCAUUGAUGCAGCAAAGUCCGGAGGCCUCUCCAGCCGUGUUGAUGAUAUCUUGAAUCAGCCCACCAAAGGACGCGUUCGUGGAACUUUGUCAGCACAACGUAAGGCAUCGGAGAUUGAUGAGAAGGGCUUCAAGGUUGGAGAAGAAGGAGACUUGCAUAACUUGGCUCACAGCAAACAGCCUUGA